AAACUGAAACCCUGUUUCCCUCUAUCUUCCCCGAAGCCUUCCCUCUUUCCCUCCAUCUUCCUUCUUUUCCCUUUGUCUUCCCCGAGCUCCAUCUUCCCUCUUCCCCUCUAUCUUCCUUUUUUCCCCCCUCUUUUCCCUCUAUCUUCCCCGAAGCUCUCUUCUCCGAAGCCCCCUUUCUCUCUCUCGACGGAGGCAAGGGGGUCGGGGUCGGGGUCGGGCUGUUCGGCAGCAGGGGGCUCGGGGCUGGGCUCGACAGCAACGGCUGGUGGCUCGGGACUGGGCUCGACAGCAACGACUGGUGGCUCGAGGGCUGGGCUCGACGGCGGGUGGGGGGGUCUCGGGUCUGGGCUCGACGGUGCAGGGGCUGGGCAGGACAUGGAGGCUAGGGGGCUCGUUGGGGCUGGACGGCGCGGAGGCUUGGUGGCUCGUUGGGGCUGGACAACUCAGAGGCUUGAUAGAAAAUUGAGGAUGGGACUUGAGAAGCUAGCUUGCAAGUUAUGAUUAAACAGGUUUCAAGUUUGGUUCAUAGUCUCUCUCUUUGUUUCUUCUUGGCUGGUUGUUUAUCGAAUACAUUUUAGCGCCCCCUACUGGUUAAAAGAAAGAACUAAAUCAAUAGUUUAUUGGCAAUAGGGAUGGAGGAACUGUCAUUUCUUUUAACAACAGAAGGGGGACACUCCAAAUUUCAAUGAAUAAUCAUUCCAACAGAGAGACAUAAACAAAGAGAAGUAAGAGAGAGAUUUUCUCUAUAUUGGUAUCUUGCUUUGAGAGUUACAUUUUCACAAAGGGGUUUGUUUAGAGAUUGAGAGUUGCCAAAGACAAAUUGCUUUGGCUGGGUUUGUAUUGUUCUUAUUGGUUUAUAGUGGAUUAAGGGACUCUUGUGUGGAUGAGCUCUAGUUGGAUGUAGGUACGAUUCAUGGAGCUGAACUAGGAAAAAAUUGCUUGUGUUGUUUUGAUUUCUGCACUGUGUUUGAUCACCCUCAAGCCUUGGUGUUGGGUAUUUGAACAAUAUAUAAACUUCUGAAUAUAUACAUAUAUUUUUUCACUAAAUGGCUGUGACUAAAAGUUAAGUUUUUUGUAGUGAUGUAAUUCUGUUGCUAUUAAUUUAGGAAAAAUUACCAGAGAAGCUUGAAACAGUUGGUGCAUUUCAAAAGCUGCCCAUGGUGAUGCAAUCUUUUGAUAUUCUUUACUCAGCAAUAAAGAAGGCCAAGAGAGUUUCUCCAACUAAGGGCAUUGCCAACAUUGCAAAGCGAGAGAGAAAUAGCGCUGCAAAGCAGCUUGAUGCGCUGAUGAAAGAAUUGGCAGCUCCUUUGAGGACUUACAUGGAGAGUUUUCCAAAGAUACAUACUAUUCAUCCAUAUGAGCGAUCUCUUAUUGAAUUGACUCUUGGAGAUGGAAAUUAUCAUUAUAUUAUAUCAAGAAUUAUUGUUAUAAGGUGUUUAUGUGCUGAGACGAACUUCAAAGAAACUUUUUUGGCAACAGUUUGCAAGAGGUCUAUAUUGAGAUGCAUUUCUUUGGCGCAAUACUAGACAACAUUGGUAGUUGAAGUUUUUAGAAUAAAAAAUAUAUUUCACUAACUUUGUAUACAUUUCUUGUUUAAUAUUUGGUGAUAAUAGAAUUUGAUUGUAGUAUAAACUAUCAUGUAAUAUGAUUUUGUAAGCCAAGUAGACUAAAUAUUGAAAUUAUAUUUUUGAGUAAUUAAUAAAAAAUUAUUUUGUUGUAUUUUC